GAGUUGGCUGCAGUCUAGCCUGGAAGGUAAAAGUAAGAGUCCAGUCUUGCAGGUAUAUUAGGCUGUGGGCGCGGUCUGAUCGCUCAGGGCAGGCCAGGGCGCAGCCAGGUGAGCUUCCCUUCGCGUUUACGCUGCUGCCAUUUCGCCCUCGACUGCCGCCUCACUCGGAUGUUAUUGUCUUGCCGCUUGGAAGCCGAGCAACAUGUCGAAGGGGGAUCCGCUGAAAACGGCCAUGUCUAUCGGGAACGUGGACGACACGUCGCUGGCGCUGCCGGCGAGGAACCAGUGCGGCUCCGGGGAGCAGCGCGUCAGGGCGCAAGUGCAAACCGUCCGGAGGAUGAAGUCGCGGCACUCCAGCAGCAGCAAGAGCGAAUCUACGUUGUCCCCGACGAGCCCUGUUUCUGACUCCAUGCUUUGGGAAGGUGCAAAGGUACAGUCGAAAGUGUCUAAUGGAAGCAUGUUCCUCAGCAACGGCUUCUCAAAAAAUUUUUCCACAGACAGGAGCGUAAACAAUCAUCGCUUGAUCAACAACUUAAAAGGAUCCACUGUGAGGCAAAAGAGCAUGACUACAGGUUAUCACCAGGAUAGAAAGUACGCCGCUGUUGGUCGCUCUGUCACUCUGGGUCAUGCUAACACCAGUCGCAGCGACUCUGGGUUCGUCUGGCAGAACAACGUCCAACAUCCAUCCAUCCCACAGCCAUCUAGCUCAUGGCAUUCAAUGCCACAGCCAUUGAGCUCACGGCAUUCCAUCCCACAGCCAUCUAUCUCACGGCAUUCCAUCCCACAGCCAUCUAUCCCACAAAUAUCCAUCACACAGCCAUCUAUCCCACGACUAUCCAUCACACAGCCAUCCAUCAAACUGCUAUCCGUCCCACAGCCAUCCAUCCCACAGCAGAGACACUCCGGCGUGGAACAGUGGGGCAACAGGAGCAUCUACAUGAAUCAGAGCAGCACCAACGGCCACUAUAUUACGAGGUCCAUCUCUCACCCCCAACCUCUGUAUACUGUAAAUGGCUCGGGUCUGACACACAAUAAAAGCCAGUACAUAGGCAGUCAGCCUGACGUGAGCAAGACACACGUGCAGCAAACGGUCACCGAUUCUUCAUCCAAGACCAAAGUAAUCUCUGGAGUAAAUGGAAACGCUGUAAACGCCGACAUCACCAUGAAGGAGGCUGUGCAGUUUCUUUCCAGUAACGAUGAACAUUACCAAAACUGCGGCGCGUCCUACAUCCAGCACAACACUUUCUCUGACGACAAAGCAAAAGAAGAGGUUUUAAAGCUGAAGGGUAUCCACCCCCUCGUGGGCCGGCUGCGUAGCCCCAACUCCCAGGUCAAACAAACGGUUUCCGCCGCCCUACGAAAUCUGUCCUACAAGAACGAAGCUUGCAAAGAUGAGAUCCAUCGCUGCGACGGCAUCCCCGAGGCUGUUGCUCAGCUCCGAGAGUCAGAGUCUGCAGAACUGGAUAAACAGCUGACAGGUCUUUUGUGGAAUUUGUCCUCCUCAGACAACCUGAAGCCGGAUCUGCUGAAGAAUGCGCUGCCUGUCCUGAUGGAGCGUGUGAUCCUGCCUCACACGACAGACCCCAGAAAAACGGAAAAGGAUCCUGAACUCUUUUUACACGCUACAGGAUGUCUUCGAAACCUCAGCAGUGCAAAGCAGGUCAGCAGACAGAUGAUGAGAAAGUGCCAAGGUUUGGUCGAUUCUUUAGCCGGUCACAUGAGAUAUUGUGUGGAAACCGGAAAAACCGAUGAUGAGUCUUUAGAAAACUGCGUGUGCGUCCUGCACAAUCUAACCUUCCAGCUGGAGAGUGAAGUUCCAAAUCUGUUCACUAAAAUCCACGCUUUGUCAAAGAAUAUGACCAGGAGCACCAGUCAAAACAACGACAACCCUGUUGGCUGCUUCAGUUCACACAGCAAAGCCCCACAGAUGGAG